UAUAGAUCUAAUACCUGACUAGCAAAACAACAUGGCGACCUUCAAUGUUGUCAUGCGUUUCCUAACGAAAGGACAACAAAGUGCACACCGGUGCCUAUUGCAGAGUACAGAUGUUAGGAAUUUUAGCAUAAUUAGCAAGGUUCAGGCUAAACAAAGUUAUAAAUGUUUCCAAUUCCAGAGAUGUUUGUCGCAUUUUCCUCGACGGCUUUCGUUAAUAGCGGUUAUGCCGGCAUCACAAGUGCCAUUGCUGCAGUUGCAUCAACAAGUUCAUCGACGCAAAGUCUCACCUCAGUUUGCACCCUUGAAACCGACGCAAAAUUUGCUGUAUUCUAGGUUAAAUUCUUCCACAUCAAAGCAAGUUACCCCUCGAAACAAAGCAGAACAGUCAGGUUUGGAAGCAGGUGUAAAUAAGGAUCAAACUGGAGAUGCUGCGGACUCUGGUCAGCCUGGUGAAGAAAAAUCAGAAACCAAGGAGUCGUGGUGGAGAGGAAAGAACUCAUGGCGGCUGGGCUUAAUUUUCUUAGGAAGUGCCUGCAUUACUUGGGGCGUAGGAUUAGUGACCACAUGGGGAGCCCCCCUUCUUGACCCAGAUGGAAAUGAGAUUGAAGAUGAGUUCACAGAACAGCCUGCGGCUUUGGCAUACCUCAAGAGAACAUGGAAGGAAAUGAACAUUUUCAAAAAGAAAAUUCAAGACCCCUCGAGAGAAAAGCUUCUUCCAGACCCCCUCAAGUACCCAUACAUCCAGCCUCCCUACACACUGGUCAUUGAGCUCACAGGUGUACUUAUCCACCCAGACUGGACGUACAACACUGGAUGGCGCUUCAAGAAGAGGCCUGGCAUAGACUACUUUCUGUCUCAAGUUGGACCACCAUUGUUUGAAGUUGUUAUCUAUUCUUCAGAGUCAGGCAUGACUGCUGACCCUCUUGUGAGUCAUCUGGACCCUCAGGGUUUCAUUAUGUACAGACUUUACCGUGAUGCCACACGCUACACAGAAGGCCACCAUUUGAAAGAUCUGUCAUGUUUGAACCGUGACAUGUCACGCAUCAUUAUGCUGGACUGCAACAAAGAGUCGGUCAAGCUGCAGCCACGAAAUGCUUUUGUGCUGAGCAAGUGGAAAGGCGAGGACGAGGACAGGACUCUGAUAGAUUUGGCUCAUUUUCUCAAAACUGUUGCUGCAAGUGGUGUUGAUGACAUCCGCCCGGUGCUUGACUACUACCAUCAGUUUGACGAUCCGAUCGCCGCCUUCAAGGAUAACCAAAGGAAACUUCAGGAGGAGGAAGAAGCCAGAGCCAAGCUAGCCUCUGAGGAGACCAAGAAGAAAAGUUGGUUUUCUGGCUUUAGAAACAAGUAAUAGAUGAACUGCUUCUCAUUUUCUACUUCAUUUCUAGGGCUUCACUUUUCAUUUAUAAAGAAACAUUAAAGGAAUUUGCAUUUUUGGAUAUGAUAGAAAACAAUGUUGUCACCACAGCCCCCCUGUGGUUUGAAUCAUCCCAUAUUUAUUGUGGUGGUUGUUUUUAUGUGAUGUUUCUUGACUUGAUUUAUUUUUAUCUCAUGUCUCAUGCAUACUUUAGGGUCUGAAUUAGCUUAGUUUGUCAAUGGUCAAAAGCAAUUUGACAAAUGUUUAUCAAAAUUUGUAGUUCAUGGUAUAAUUGAAUGAUCAUAGAUUUAUGGAGCUUUUAGAACAUAGCCCAUAGUUUUUUAUCAAAAGGUUCUUGUUGUGUGCCGUAAUCUUUCUCAGUUAUUUUUGUUUUGUUAAUUGGGGCUGGAUAAUUAAUUUUAUUCAACAGAUAAAGUCUGACAUUUUGACUGGAAGGUAAAUUGAACUCUAAAAAUGUUUUUCCCGUUGGUUAUUAUUGUCUGCCUUUUGUAGUUUUGUGUUUGCUAAACUUUCAAGAUUUAUUGGCCUUGCCAUAGUUUUUAUUUUGGCUCAUUUGAAAUUAAUUCUUAAAACAUUAUGCGGUGGAUGAGAGUUUGUUUUUUUAUGUAUCCUAUCUCUUUGAAAGAAUGGAUUCCAUUUUUGCCAGUUUCUGUCUUACGACAGAUUCAUUUGUUCAUUGAUAGAAAUAAUUAUCUUGGUAGUUUUUAAAAAUAUUUUGUUUGUAGUAAUAGUUGUUUAAAAAAUUGAACAGAAUAUCUCUUUAGAGCAUAUUUGACUUUUUUGGUUCACUGAAUGAAAUUUCAAGAAUUUGGUCUUUUAAUUCCCAUUUUUAGGUUCUGAGAUCAUAUGAAAUACAGCGGAUUCUGCUUAAACUGAACACAGUUAAUCUGAAAACAGUUAUCCCUAAUUUUUUUCUUUCUUUUAUUUGAGAAUUCUCUAAAGAAAAAAACCUGGCUAAACUGAGGAAAAUCCAGGGGUGCUGCAGAUUUUAGUUUAAGGGGACUCCACUGUGCUGAUAUUAUGUGUCUUUGAAUUUGAUGAAAUCAUAACAGUGUAAGGUCUUGAUGUCGGUGUGAAUUCAGCCAUUAUAUGGCUUUGUAAGUACAUUAGUUCUGGUGUCUGUAGUGAAUAUACAGCUUUAUGCAUACAUUAAUUGUGUCUGUGGAAGAAGUUGAAGAAACGAAUAUCUUCUUUGAGAGACUGUGGUAUUCGAAACCAGUAUAAUUGUGUAGCACUCAUUAACUCAUUACAUAUGUUGUAAAUGACACAGAGCUAUUUUCAGACUUUCAUCAUAAGUGAUCUGUUUUUGUAUAUCAUAAUAAUGGUGCGCUAAGAGUAUUUUUGUUGUGUGGUCAAAUUUUGUUUUUUAAAAAAUCCAACAGAAUGAGCAAUGUAAGUAACGUUUAUUAUCUUUUUCCAUGGCUGUGUACCCCGGUUUGAAAGUGGUUAAAGAAGUGGCAUUCAUAAAUAAAUUUUCAUUUUUAAUACACUGCAUUGUGUAGCUGAGAAAAAGGGUUGAAACUUCUCCGUCAUGUUCACCAGUCAGACGGAACUGUGUGUGAGGGACUGGUUAACUCCAUGUCCAAACCUUUGUGUGAAAUUGUUCUAACUUGGGACAUAGUUUGAGUUUCAUGUGAGCUUGUCAUAUUGUGAAACCUUCUUAUAAUUUUAAUACCCUUAUAGCUUGUUUUUUUAGUGAGUGAGAAAAAAGUUUGGGGAGACAUUUUUAACUACAGCCACAAUUUCAUUUAUUGAGAAGAUUUAAUUUUUGCUUAAUGCACAUCAGUAUAGAGAUGAUGGUAUGACUGACCAGCAAUCAAAAAUUGUAAUCUCUCUCACAUGUGUUAUUUAACCAUUGUGUUUUUGUCAGUCACACAGCAGAUUGAUAGGUAUUUCUAUUGUUAUAGCCUAGGGGAUGGUGACUCCAAAUUUAUGAAUUCAAUUUGUUCAGAUGUUACUGUGUUUUGUGUUCAAACGUGCUCAAUGUGAUAUGUUUUGGUUGUGCUUGUUCCUGUCUGAUAGGUGAAAAGGAGUCCAAAAGUAAUCUUGUUUGUCUCUCUUCUGUGUAUGUAUGAGGCAUGUUUUGUGUGGAUGUUGGUGACUGGCACUCUUUUGCUUUUUUGUACUUUGGAUUGAGUUUUGUGCGCAUGUUCCAUCACUGACAUUACCAAGGAUGUUGUGAAAGAGCAGAGUGAUUGCUUCUGUUUGUACCUUCAUUUUUUCCCCCUAAAAGUUGCCACAUUAAAACAGUUGCAAAAUUUGAGUUACAAUU